CGUGAAGAAGAAGAGCCUGGAAGCUUCUUCUCAGCCGGUUCAGGAGGCACUCUGAAGGUCGUUGGCUCAAAGGUCACAGCAAGCCGCAGCAUUAUGGUGGACAUCUCUGUGAAAAGUGAAGCUGCUUGGGUCUGUCACACUCAGGGGCGUCACCUGGCUGACGUCGUUCUUCCUGUUCACAUCAAUAACACGGCCAAAGAAGAAGAUGAAGUCAGUGAGUUGGACAGAGAAGAAACUCACUGUGGUGAUCCAGUGCUGCUAGAGCAGAUGGAGGAAGGGUCUCCUUGUGUCCUGAAGUUCCACUGCAACCCCAGCUUACCUGCCACCAUCAGCCGCCUGCUCGUUAUAAGUGAGGCUCGAACCAUGGAGGUUUACAGCCAGACCGGAGAGUACUGUGGGACUGUACGGGGAUCGAAGGACGACAGCAUCCAGCUAGACAGUGCUGACAGAGGGCCUUUCUAUAAGAAGCAGCUGAUCAUCGAGGAGCCAUCCUCUGCCUGUGAAGUGAAGUUACUCUCCCUGGCAGGUAGGAGCAGUGUUAUGGUGGCUAAAGUCAUCGUGAGUCUUCAGCUGCUGCAGUCCUGCCCAGCCCCAAACCCGGGCAUAGACAUGCAGCGAGUGCAGUGUCUGAUGGAGGAGAUGGGAACAAGCCUGUCGCCAGGAGCUCAGAAUCUCAUGGAAAUGGUGCAGUUCCAGCAGAAGAAUCAGACCGGCUCUCUGGCUGGUUUCCUGCCUCUCCUGAUGGGCAGUGGAGCUUUCUCUGGUUUGGGGAGAGAAGUCAGCAUGUGUCCAGGAGCUGGCAAUAUUCUGCCUCGACCUGCAGAAUUUAAGCCUCCAGACAGCUUCCUGAGGCCUGCAGAUGAAGAUUCACAGACCCAGAACGGAGUGAUGUCGGAGGGCUCCACCCCCUCCUCCGUAGACCUGCCAAUGUCCAGUGUCAGCACUGAUAACACUACGAGUCCCAGUGAGAACGGCGGCCCGAUGAGCUACACUCAGCUGACAGAGAUGCUGUCGCACUUCCUGAAGGAACAAGGGGUCAACCAGGGGUUCGGCUCCGGUCCCGAGCUUCUGCCCAUGCUCCAGAACGUCUGCGGUCAGGUGACCCAGCUGAGACUGGAUGAUGCUGCAGCAAAGAAGGAGAAGAUGAUGAGAAACGGCACGUGGGAGUUGGACUCAGCUAUGGAGCGCCGUCUGGAGGAGAUGGAGAAGAGGCUGAAGGAGCACAUGGACCGCCGCUUGGAUGCUUUGGAGCAGAAGCUGGAGAAGGCCCUGCUGAGCGCUUUGCCGCUGGUCACCCUUAACCACGGAGCCAUGAGCAGCUCAGCACGAGGAGCAGCAGAUACCGGACCGGCGGAGCAGAUCGCCCCGACGCCAGCCAUGCAUUGAGUCCAGAAGCACUAAAAAGACUAACAUUGAACCCUGGAAGCCUUAAUUCUCUUCUUCAUCAUCCUCAAACCAGACCCGAGCGUGGGAUGGAAGCAGGCCGGGACAGAAACGCCAACAAAGACGGAGCAAUAAAACUAGAAGCCUGAAAUAUGAGGUUAACAUGUAAAACCAGCAGUGUUGCUGUAAGUUCAUAUUCUGUAGAAAUGUUAUCUCCUGUAAAAAGUGACUGUCUCGUCAGCGCGACUACAAUGGCUGCACUGCAUUUUGAACAACAUGAGAAGUAUACAGGAAGAGGACGAGACUCUUUCAAAAAAGUGUUGAUGUGCAGCAGAGCUGACUUACAUGUAGUGUUCAGCUGAAAUGCAACCCACUUAUCUCUCCCGGCUCUUCUUUUCUCCUCUGUAUAUGCACUGAAACUCAUCAUUGUACCAGUUAUUUAAACAGUUAAUGGUUUGGUCUUUGAACGGCACUAAAACAAAGUCGUCUUCAAAAGUCUCGGUUUGUCUAAUCAGCUGUCUCAAACAAGUAAAACAGAAAAGCUUCACGUGUCAGAGAAGAUAACAUGGUUUACAUUAGAAACGACUAAACUGACGCAGCUCUAAACGACACUGAUGUGAUGUGAAGGCUGUUCGGGCCUGACCUGCUCGGCUCAGUUUGUUUUAAAACUUGCUCCUGUUAAGGAGACUAAAUCGAACGUGUAACUGUACUUUAAUACGGCACUGUAAUGUUUUAAGUACUGUACAUGUCUGUAAACUAUUAAAACGGCUGUGCUGACCUGUGAUGUUUACCUGUACUGAUGUGAGUCUAGUAAAUGUAUUUAUACAGCUUAAUAAAGUUUUUAAAACGUU